AUGUCUCUCUGGGUUGAUAAACACCGUCCUCGCUCCCUCCAGAACCUGCAUUACCACAAAGACCUCUCUGACCGCCUCGCCGCCCUUGCUUCCAACCCAGACUUCCCACAUCUUCUCGUCUAUGGCCCAUCAGGAGCCGGGAAGAAGACGAGAAUCGUUGCGACGCUGAAGGAGCUGUACGGACCGGGUGUUGAGAAGUUGAAGAUCGAUCAGAGGAUUUUCGUUACGCCAAGUAACAGGAAGUUGGAAGUGAAUAUCGUGUCGUCUGUCUACCAUCAGGAAAUCACACCGAGUGAUGUGGGCAAUUAUGACAGAGUUGUCGUACAAGAUCUGCUGAAGGAGGUCGCUCAGACACAGCAAGUCGAUCUUUCUGCCAAGCAGCGCUUCAAGGUCGUCGUCAUCAACGAAGCCGACGCCCUAACCCGCGAAGCGCAAGCAGCCCUCCGCCGCACAAUGGAAAAAUACACCCCAAACCUCCGGCUAAUCCUCCUCUGCAACUCAACCUCCAAAAUCAUCUCUCCAAUUCGUUCCCGGUGUCUUCUCAUCCGCGUCGCAGCCCCAUCCCACGACGAGAUUGUCGGCGUACUACGACAUGUCGCCGAGAUGGAGCGGGUCGAAGUGGGGGAAGGAUUGUUGAGGAAGGUUGCGGAGGAGAGUGGGAGAAAUUUGAGAAGGGCGGUGUUGAUGUUGGAGGCGGCGUAUGCGCAGAGUCCGGGUGGGGGGGCGUUGACGGAUGCGAAUGCGGUGUUGACGAAGCCGGAUUGGGAGUUGUUCAUUGCGAGUGUUGCGUCGUCAAUUUUGGCGGAGCAGUCUCCUUCCCGUCUGUUAUCGGUUCGUGCGCAGCUUUAUGACCUGCUGACACACUGUAUCCCGGCAUCUACUAUCCUGAAGACGCUGCUACUGAGACUCCUUGAGGGUUUGGAUGAGGAGCUGAAAGUGGAGGUGGUCAAGUGGGCUGCUUUUUACGAGCAUAGACUGAGGCUGGGAAACAAGGCCAUCUUUCACUUGGAGGCGUUCGUAGCGAGGGUCAUGAGGAUCCAGGCAGGGUACUUGAUGGGAUUCGGCGAUGAUUUCUAG